AUGGCUGAGAAAGCUGAGCCCGAAGAAGAACCUGAAGAUGGGCCUCAAGUGACCUCCAGACUCGGCCCUGUGCGGGCUGGUGAUGGCAGGAGCAAAUCUCGAUUUGAAGGCUACGUCGAGCAUCCGAACCUGCAGUUUGAGAGCGAAGUGCAGGAGGUGGAUGAGAGACUUUUGCGACAUGGUGUUUCAGUGCUAGAGGACGGGGGAUGCAGGCUGCCGUGUGCCACCUGGUCCCUCCAUGAAGCGUGCAUUCCAAAGUGGAUGGCGACGCUGCUUCCCGAGCCGACAGCGCUUCAAGCAGUGGUCUGGCCGGUGCUAAGGACGAAUAGAGAUGUUGUUGCAAUUGCGGAGCAUGGUUGUGGCAAGACUUUGGCGUAUGCUGUGCCACUUCUUAUCCGUGCAGCGGCCCUGCAAGGUGCACGGCACGAGCAGCCAGACUUGUGGCGGCAAAGUGCCUGGCAAGAAUGGCGACAGCGACCUCCAGAUGGUGUGAUCCUUGUCCCUACCUCCGAAAUAGUGCAGCAGGUGCUGCAGGACCUCAAGCCAUUGGCCACAGCGGGAAGAGUCCAUGUGGCUGGAGGAGAUGAAGACAUGACAGCUCAGCGGAACGAACUCUCGAGAGCAGGUGUUUUGGUGCUUACUCCCUGGCUGCUCCAAUGUCAAUCCUGGGCAUUGGGGAAAGAUGAGGAUUUGGCAGCACUGAACCAGGAUGUUCUCAUCAUUUUCGAUGACGCCGACGACGUCAUCAAGGAUGGGGACGACGAAGGCACCCAGGCUCGGACUGUCUUGGACUUCAUGCCGAAGAACCGCGUGCUAGCAUUCUUCAGCACGAGUUGGCCACAGAGGACUGAUGAAAUAGCAAGAAGGCAUUUGCGGAAUGAGACUGUCAUGGUCUAUGCAACCUCCGAGUGUCCGGGCAAUGCCAAAAGCUUUUACCUCGAAUCUCGCUUCGUGAAUCAGGGCUUUGAGAUGAUGAAUGCGCUUGCAAAGCAGCAAAGACUCCUUGUCGCAUUGCAAGCAUUGGCAAAGCGACUUGAAGGCAAAGCCUCCACAGUGGGAGUUUUCUGCAACAAGCAUGACACUGCGGAGCAGGUGGCGACAUUUCUCUCAGCCAAUGUCUCUGGCCGAGUGACGCUGGCCCAUGAGCUCAUGGAUUUGGCCCAGCAAGAUCAUGGUGUGCCAUCGAUUCUGGUGGCCACAACGAUGCUUGGCCGUGGCUAUCCUUUUCCGAAGAUGCAGUGGAUGAUCAACUACGACAUGCCUGAGAACCUACUGGAAUAUUUGUGCCGGAUUCGACUCGCGAGCCACUGUGACUCUCCUGGCUAUGCUCUGACUUUCCUCACCAAAGACAAUCUACUUCAGGCCAUUGAGUUGAAGUCCCUGUUGCAGGACCUGGGCCAGGACUGCCCAGAGCUGUUUAAGGAUGCUGAACAUUCGCGUCAUGCCCUUGCACUACGAAUCAAUCCAAGAGGGCCAAACCGCCGAUUCAGUGAGACGAAUAGUCGCGGAGCAGGUCACAUCAUCGAAAAAACGCUUACGCGACCCUUGCCCGAUGCGGAUUGGAAAGACUGGAAGCCUUUGACAGUCGCACCAGGAGGUACCGCCAAAAAGGUGCCCAGUGGCAAGCCGAUGUUAGCCGUGAAGCCCAAAUCUGCAGAGCUUCCAGAUCUGAUAUCGUUUGACUAG